AUGAUUUGUGAUGGAUUCGAACACGCUUCGUUGUGUUCGCUCAUUUUGUUGUGUCCGAUGUUGUGUGGCACCUGGGCAGCAGAGAUGUGUCUCUGGACACCUUGGAUUCACACAGGGCACUUGGUGUCCAAAGACAUCUCCCGCCUGAUCACCCUGGAGGUGACCUCCUUCUGUGAGUGUAUCAGCCGUGACCGCGGAGUCUGGUCCCUGGCCGCGAACUACGCCCAGCGAUUUGUAGGGGAACUGAAUGAAGAAGGUCAUUGGUCGGAUUUGUCUCCAGAGUAUCUCCAAGCAGCCUAUUUACAUGAGUCGGUUGGCUCUCAGAAUUCUGUCCGGAGGAAGACUUGUCUUUGCGCGAAACGAACUUUUAAGAAGGUACUUCCGUCAUAG